GCGGCUGUUGGCUCGGUCCGUAUUAUCUCUAGAGAAUGCGUGUUUAUGAAGUGAAUUAACCGGGUUGUCUGAGACAGGAGGGAGAUUCCUCAUCUCAUGAGUGGAUCAUGACGCAUGGGUGACUAUAAUGUCCAGCGUCGCGGCUCUGAGUGUCUGUGUGUAUCGGGACAGGUGUGUUACCUGUGGCUGUGAAUGGUGGAUAGGGGCAGGGUUGUUUUCUUUCCAGUGCCGUUUCUUCCGGCACGGAUCACCAACAUGCCGAUGAAAUGAAUCGCAUUGUUGUUACUUUUUCACGACUAGACACGCAUUUGGAUGGUGGAGAGGUGGUGAAAGUGGACCGAGCCGGUGAUUUCAUUCUACCGAUCGAUCUUGAACAGUGCGUGACGAUUUUUCAAUGAGUGAAGACACGCAAACCACACUCUGAUCAUUGGACAUAGCAGCUCUUUUUGGUCGCAAUAGCGUUUAUUGAGCGAAGAUCGUGUGGAUCUGACGCAUUACCGAACCGGGCUGCAGUAUGUGCGAGACGGUGAUGGCCGUGUCUCAGCUGGACACCGAGCCUCAUCCACCGGAGAACGGCUUCGUCACCCCCGAAACGAAUAAAUCGCCAGAUUUACUGUCGCACACCGACGGCAGCGUUUUGCCCAGUCUGGGCGGCUUUGGGAAAUUUCAGAAACAGCUGAUCGUCUUAACAUGGAUACCGGCCCUGUUCAUCGGCUUCAGCCAAUUUUCGGACAAUUUUCUUCUGGCGCAGCCGAACUCGUGCGCACCAGUGAACGCGAAUAACAGCGAGCCGUCAGCUCUUAUUGCGCACGCCUUAGUAAAUAAUGGAAGCCACGGCACCGACCGGUCAUCGCAGUGCAUCUGCAUGCAGUCAGGCUUUGAAUUGCAAAAUAAUCUGGAGCAAAACGUUAUCACCAAGUGGAACCUGGUUUGUGACUCGGCCUGGAUCGUUCAUAUCGCCAAAUUCUCCCUGCUGGUGGGCUCCAUCUUUGGAUACUUGGUGUUGGGAGUUCUGGCUGAUUGGUUUGGCCGUCACCCGGUCCUGAUCGUGUCUGUCUUCUUCAUGUUAGUGUUUGGCAUGACAGUGGCCUUCUCUGUCAACGUCCCAAUGUUCAGCACCCUGCGCUUCUUUGAGGGGUUUUGCUUAGCAGGGAUCACGCUCUCUCUCUAUGCUCUGAGGAUCGAGCUUUGUCUGCCAGGCUGGCGUUUCUCCAUGACCAUGGUGGCUAACUUUGUGGCGUUGGCUGGGCAGCUGCUCUUGCCAGGCCUGGCAGCUCUCUGUCGUGAUUGGCAGAUUCUACAAGUGGUCAUAAUCUGCCCCCUGUUUCUCAUGCUGUCCUAUAUCUGGAUUUUUCCAGAGUCUCUGCGCUGGCUGCUUGCUACUCAGCAGUAUAGUCGCUCCAAAUGGAUCAUUGAGCACAUCGCGAAAAAGAACAACGUCAAUCUAGAACAGGAUGCAGAAGAGCUGGUGACAGAGUUGAACAGAGCCCUGCCAAAGCAAUCCAAGAAGACCUGCAUCGUGAAAAUGGUUGGCACGAGGAACCUGUGGAAGAAUAUCGUGGUGCUCUGCGUCAACUCACUAACAGGUUAUGGGAUCCAUCACUGCUUUGCGCGCAGUAUGAUGGACCAGGACAUGGAGACGACCACCAUGUUCCAUAAUUUCUAUGCUGACUACUACACCAUGGCGGGUAUUGCCGUGGCGUCCUGUGUGGCUUUGUGCCCUGCUGUGGGCGUGAUGGGUCGGCGUGGAGGACUCCUCAUGUUCAUGAUAAUCACUGCACUGGCAUCCCUCCUUCAGCUGGGCCUGCUCAACUUGUUGGGAAAGUACAGCGUUCAGCUGAAUAUCGAAAGCUCUGAUACGCUGAAGUCCAAUUUCUCGGUGGCUUUCUCCAUUAUUGGCAUGUUCUCCUCCCACGCUGUUAGCAACCUAAGCAUCUUUUUUUGUGCUGAAAUCACUCCUACGGUUAUUAGAGGUGGUGGGCUAGGCCUUGUUCUGGCCAGUGCUGGGUUUGGCAUGCUGACAGCACCUAUCAUGGAGCUACAUAACCAGAAAGGCUAUUUUCUGCAUCAUGUCAUUUUUGCCUGCUGCACUCUUAUCUGCAUCAUAUGCAUCCUGCUGCUGCCAGAGACUCGCAACCAGUCACUACCAGAAACAUUUGCGGAUGGUGAAAGUUACACCCGUCAACCGCUACUGCCGCCUCGCAAGCCAGGUGAGCAGCGCCUUUUGCUGACCAAGUCUGAGAGCCGCGAGUAUGCCAGGGUGGGCGACACACCUCUGCAUGAAGCAGCUGUCACUGCUAUUUCCACUAUGGACUCUACAGCCUCGUCUGCUUAUGAUCUACCAAUGCUCCUCAGCACCCCUGUCCAGCAAGCGACUGGUCCAGUACAGCUACUCGGUAUGAAGACACUGAGUUCUACCAAAGAGCAAGAUCAAAUCAAGCAAACCAUGGAUGAGUUUCCUACAUUUGUUACCACACUGGAAUCUUCUGCCCCAUCCAUAGAGGACCCUCUCCUCGCCUCUAUCCCAAACACCUCUACCCCAAUCACUAUUAAUUCUCUUCGGGCGUCUAAAAUAGAUUCUCCCCCUGAUGUUAUCUUAGAUGUACUGCCUUCUCCCACCGUUGACACUCCUGCUUUGAUCAACAAUCUGCUCCUGGAGUCUCCUACUUCUUUAAUUGAUCAUUCCUUAGCCUCAACAAAUGAUCUCCAAACUCCAACAAUUUUAGAUGUAGUUAUUCCUCCAAUCGUGGAAUCCCCUACUCCAGUUGCCAGUGAUAGCAACUUCCAAGCUGAGAUGGACUCUACAGGUCCUCUUCUUGACUCCUCUUUGCCUCCUCUUGUCAAUGAGUCCAGCAUCCACCUCACAGUGGCGUCCCCAGAUACACCAGUAGACGACAGCAUUCCUCUCUGCUCAAUAAAUGUUUCUGAUCCAUUACCCCCCAUGACCGGACAAUCCCCCAUUUACCCUUUAAAUGAAAUUCCUCCCCCUUCCUCAAUAGACUCUCCUGUUCAUCUAGUGAAUGAAAUCCUACCCCCUUCCCCGACAGAAAUGCCAUUACUGCAAAUACUAGACUCCGAGUCCUCUGCCCCAUCAAGUCAAGUUCAUGCUAUCCCACCUCAGCCCAUGUCUUCUCCUUUAGAUUCUGGCACUCCAUUAUUACACUUAGUUGCUCCCUCUGUGAUGGACUUCAUAGAAUCUGGCCCUCCUUCACCAGCUGUACUGGAGUCUUCAGCUACCUCAAGUAAUGGUGCUGCCCUCCAGAUCACAGUGGACUUAACUGCACCACAUGCUACAAGCACAGACUCUGUUACAGAACAUGGCCACCCCGUCAUGGCAGACCUGACCGUUUCCUCACCAAUUGACUUGGGUAUACCUCCAGCCAUGGACUUUACCAUCACAGAAACCAGCACUGCCAGUGGGGUUUUACCUUCAUGAUGGACAUAUUCACUCUACAACUUGGUGAGCAGCCUUACAAGAAACAGUUCUCGUCACUUAAGGAGGACUAAUUCAGUUUCAGAAUCUGAAGUGUUUUUUGCUUUCCAGGAGCCAUGACCCAGGAAAGGAUUUGACUCUUAAGGGUACAACCAUACGUAGACUGUUGCCCAAAGGGUCUUUACUGUCCUGAUUUCCAUGUCUUAAUCAGCCCUACUUCACUGGUGCCAGUAUCUGCAUUUUGGGCAGCUAGAUCCAAAACUCCAGGUGUUAUCAUUGAGCUUCUAUUAUUAACAACAUUAAGGCCACCAGUGAUAGGUUCCCACUUGAGUAACACUGGAAUUCCCUAGUCUAGUGAUUAGACUCAUAUAAACAUGUUUGAUAACAAUUGAAAUCAAUGAUGCAUCAAAAGUAGUCAGACAUGAUGUAAAGAGAUAUUCACUUAACAUAGGGAAUUCCUCAAUAACCCAAAACUGUACAUUAGAUGAUAGUAAUGUUGGGUAAUGGGUCUUGAAGUGUAAGACAAAAACCUCUUUAGGUAUCAAAUAAACACUCAACUUUCAUGUUCUAAACUAACCAUAUGUGUAUUUCCAAAAUCUGACAAACCGGUUUUAAAAUAGAUGCUAUAAAGAGACUGCUCAGAAUGGUAUACCUUGUUUCAUCAGAGCUAUUCUCCAGGAUCUGGUGAAAAAAGUAAUUUUGAGGAAUACAGAAAAUACUCAUAAUAGGUAAAGAGCUAUUUUCAUGACUGUCUAAGAGAUCCACAACACACUCAAUCAAGUGUAUGCAACAGACUUAUUGUGAAUGUGAAAACGUUGGUGAAAUUUUGUAAUUUAUGCUGUAGUCGUAUGAAAGUGGUGCUUUACAUAAAAAUGAAAAAAAAAGGAAAAAGAAAAUGUAAUUUUGUCCCAAUGGUAUUUUGAACCGUUGUUACCAUAUCUGUGUGAAUGUAUGUGGCACUUUAUCUUCAACAAUGACAACAAAGCAUGUCAAAAUCUAAAACAAAACUUGUAAACACAUCAAAGUACUAAGAACAAAUAUGAAUUUGAGGAGUAAUUACGAUUGUCAUUUUUUCAUUUAUACCCACAGCAAUAAUAUGUGGCCCAUACUAUGCCAUAGGAUAGAAACAAUUUAAGCUAUUUGUUCGUUUGUUUUUGUUUUGCAUCUGUAAUCACUGAAAAGAACAUUAAUAUGCAGUACUAAUUUUUAAUUGGGGAAAAAUGGUUGAGUUUUUUUGUCAGUUGGUGGACAUGCUUAUUCAUACAUUUUUCUUUGGCAACAGCAGGUUCUGAACAUAGCUUAAUGUGAGGAAAAUGCAGUAUGAAAUAUGUAAAUAUGGAUCUGGACCUGAAUUUGACAGCCACCAAAUGUAACAUCAGUUUGGACAGAUUUAUCCGGAUAAAAUAAAUAAUUUCAGCUUUUUUAUUUGAUUAAAUUAGAUUUAAGUGACUCACAGUAUUGCCAGGGGGAAAAGUAUUAUUGAACUAGAGCAUAUAGGCUUAUAAAAAUGUUGUAAAAAGGGUUUCCGGCCAUUUGUUAACAAGAAUUAGGCUAUGUCUUCGUAUUUUGGUGAUUCAAAGCACUGAGGGGGUUUUUUUCCCCCUCAAAAAUAUCAUGACUUUGCCCAUUAUCUUUUACUAAAGCUAUUCCCCUUUUCGCUAUUCAGGGUGUCAUGUUACAUUUGAUAAAUAGACAUUUUGAGUGAUGACAUGAGUAAUUGAUAUUUUUUUAAGCAUUUCAGGUCAAAAGGACUUCUCAUAGGACUCCUAAUUCUCAAAUGAAACCAAACACUUGAGCAACUGUAUUUGCAAGUGUGACUGGUUUAGCAUGCUUUGGGUUUGUAUUGAAUCAAGCAGUUAAAGGCAGUCUGCAAGACUCACAUUUAUAAUGUGAUUCAGUGUAAAAUCUAUACCAUUCUGUCAUUCAAUAUUUCAGAACUGAUUGAAAGAUUUGCCCAAACUAGUUAUAUUUCUCUUUGUAUAAUUGAUUUCCAAGCCAAGAAUUUUUGGAGAAAUAACCACAAAAACAUAAUCUACCAAGCAUUUGUGUCUGCAUUUGCGUACUUGUGUAAACGAGUAUAUUUAACAUAUGCACUUGCGUCACUCUGGCAGUAACAAACCUACUCAAACCUAUUCAGUACUCAAGGGGGCGAUAGAGUUACCUUCUAUCUGUCCGUGCCAUGAUGUUUUUAUUAAGCUGUAGAAAUGUUUAUAAGCUCUCACUAGCUCAGCAAGAUUCUAUUUAAACUGUUGUUCCACCAUGACAGUAGUUGACCGUAGAAGACGACAUUUUACUCAAGUUCGCUAAAGCCCAUCAUGCCACGCAGGCAAUGCUGUGAAUGCAAUGUACUACUUCUGCUGCAUAAUGAAUUGGGGUCUGACACGUUUCAGAAUGCAACAACACAACUGAGGCUACAUAGCUAGAUUUGCAUUCAUUUACUUGUGUAGCGUAUGCUUCAGGCCAAACUAUCCAUCAUAGAGCCUAACUUAUGCUAAUGCCUCAGCUCACCAUUUGACACUACACUAGACAUUAAGAAUGUCAAAUCAGAUAAAACAACAUUAUUUUUGCAUGUUAAACAGCUCUCAUGUAAAAUUGAACAGGUUACAUGCCAAAGUCUGACACUGAAAUGCUACAAUUGAGGAAGCUACAUUGCCAAGGGCAAUUCUCUUUAUAAACCACUGCAGUUCACCAUGAAUACGCUCACCAGUACAUCAAACUAGACCCCAUACCCAUAUUCUCAAAAGUCACAACAAUAAGCACAAUAUUCCUGGUUUUUAGGCAGCGCAUCACAAGUCAUGCUACUUAAGCAUGCUAAGGUUGGCUGUUUGCAAUAGGAGUGUUUAGUGCUAAAUUCCUGAGGUACACUUUAGAUCAGCAGAACAAAAACAAUACAUACAUUUCCCCAGAAUCACAUCGCAUUUAACCCUUACUUUAUAUUUUAUAAUUAAUAAAUUGUAACUUGCUUCUGGUUAUACAAACUGUUUGUGGAAAUGCCAAAAUAUCAUUUUAAGCUCCUCUACAGAAUUGGGUUAGAUCUGUUUUAGAAUGAACUAAUGUAUAUAUAAACAUAUUAGCAGUCCAAUACAAAUGAUUCAAAAAUGCACUAGAUUUGUGAUAGCUUGAGUUUACCUCAUAUCCUUAAAAAAGGUAUUUAACACAGGUAUUCCUUCAGAAUGUUUUCUCCUAGAGUACUGACACGAUCAUGAAUGUCAACUACUGGUCAUUUGGGUUACAUCUACUUUUUUUUUUUUUUUUUUUAACAUGAAUAAUGCACUUGUAUAUAAAACCCUAAGUGUCGUAAUAAACUUUAUU